ACAUGGCGGCCGUUAAUCGUUUGGUAUUUGCUCGAAAAUUGGAGAAACUUGGUUUUCUACCGGCUUUAGAAGUUCAAAAUGCGAUUGCUAGACAGCACUUGGAAAAAAUAAAAGUCAAAGAAACAAGCAGUGCUAAAAACGUUUUGCUUUUUUACGAACAUACGCCCGUUUUUACCGUCGGAAUCCGAAAGAAGAGCGUGGAUGCCAAGGAGAAGAGGCGCUUGGAGGAUCUUGGAGCUGAAUUUCACUAUACUAACCGUGGAGGGCUAGUGACAUUUCACGGUCCUGGACAAUUAGUCUGUUAUCCCGUGCUAAACUUAGCUUGUUUCAAGAAAAGUUUACGAUGGUAUGUUACUUCCUUGGAAAAAACCUUGAUAGAAACUUGUAAGAGAUUUGGUGUUCACGCAGAAACAACUUGUGACACUGGCGUCUGGGUUAAGGACAACAAAAUUGCUGCCAUAGGUGUUCAUGCAGGUCAUUGGAUCACUACUCAUGGCAUUGCACUGAACUGCAAUAUUGAUCUGAGUUGGUUUGAACAAUUUACACCUUGUGGGAUUAUUGGUAAAGGUGUUACAUCACUUACAAGAGAGACUAACCAAGUUGUACAAACCAAGGAUGCCAUUGAACCUUUUAUAGAAUCCUUUGAGGAUGUGUUUGAUUGUACAGUUGUGUGGGAUGAUGAUGAGGAUCUUAAAAUGAAUGGUAGUUGACCUAGAAAAACUGAUUUAAUUCUUUCACCCCCAAUAUUUCAUUAUUAAUUCUCCUCUCUGUCUACCAUACAGCAGAUGUUAGUUCUGAGAGUCUUUGUUAUUGGAUCAACCAAUGAUCAUGUAAUUAAUAUUUUCUUUACUCUCAUUACAUGUCUGCUUGAUAUUGUAUUGAUAUUUGGAAGGGGAAAGUCUGUCCUUGUCACUCAUGAGAGUUAAUCCUUUAACUCCAAAGAUCUCAUUAGUAAUUCUCCUUACUGUCUGCCAUAUAGUUCUUGUGAUGUUAGUUUGGAGAACUUGGUAAGGGAUCAACUAAU